GGGGCUGCUGCGGGAGAGCCUCCUGCCCGGUGUUCUGGCGCAAUAUGUCAGCUGCUUAGAGCUGGUGAACAAAAGACUGCCCUGUGGCCUUGCUCAGAUUGGAGUGUGCUUUCAUUCUGUUCCAGAAAGUGAACAUUCCGUUUCAGGAAAUGAACAACACAGCAAAAACCUGACAAGAAUAGGCGAGAGGACCUCGUCUCUGCUUGCCUGGUUUAGUUCUCCCAGAACUGCAGGACAGUGGCUCGAUUACUGGCUACGCCAGAGGCUCCAGUGGUGGAGAAAGUUUGCUGUCGGCCCCUCCAACUUCAGCAGCAGUGACUUUCAGGAUGAAGAAGGAAGAAGAGGAUUUAAGUUACAUUAUAGCUUUCCCUGGGGGACAGAAACAAUAGAAACGCUGAAGAACCUUGGUGAUACUGAACUGUUACAGCUGUAUCCAGGAGAGAGAUCGAAAUUACUUGGCCGAGAUGGAAGGAGGAAUGUCAUCCCUCAUGUUCUGUGUGUGAAUGGGAAUCUGGACCGAGGAGUGUUAGCUUAUCUCUUUGAUUCUCUACAGGUGGUUGAGAAUCCAUUAACAGCAAAGAAAAAUUCUCAGAGAAAGGUACUUAAGCUUCAUCCUUGCUUAGCACCCCUUAAAGUGGCCUUGGAUGUAGGAAAAGGUCCAACAACAGAGCUGAGGCAGGUUUGUCAAGGAUUGUUCAAUGAACUGACAGAAAAUGGAAUUUCUGUAUGGCCAGGUUAUCUGGAAACUGUGCACGUGUCUCUGGAACAUCUUUAUACAAAGUACGAUGAGAUGAGUAUUCCCUUCAUGGUCCUGAUAAGUGAUGGCACUCUAGAGAAUGGAGUGGUCCAGCUGAGAAGCAGAGACACCACCAUGAAGGAAAUGAUGCACAUUUCCAGGCUGAAGGACUUUCUAACUAAGUACAUUACAUCAGCCAAAAAUGUGUAAACUCAAACUUGUUGAAUAGAAGGAUUUUCUUAGACA